AUGCCACACGCUCAAGUCGAGCCCACCAUCCACGGCGUGCAACUGCACGUCAACGACGGUCCUCUUGCACCGAACGAGGUUGAGGAGAUGGUGUCUUCAUACGCUACCGACCCUAUCGAGGACCUCUACAAACGAUACAUCACCAACGGCUACGUCCUCGUCAGAGGCUUGCUCCCUCGCGAGGAUGUUCUGGCUGCGCGCGAAGCGUACUUUACAUCCCUCGCCCCAAGCGGGGUCAUUAAGCCUGGCACGAAGCCCGUCCAAGGCAUUUUUGAUGAUGCUGCCAGUCCCGCCGACUAUCCUGGAAUUGGAGCCGGCAGCGUCAAGAACGCGCCGCCAGGAUCAACCGACCGAUCGGCGCUAUUCGUCAGCGCUGCGCUCAAGGCGCACACCGAGCCUUGGUAUUCCGGCUCUGAAGAUGGCAGCGUCCGCGGGUUCUGCAACCAUCCGGCGUUGAAAGAGUUCGCUGCUCGUUUGACUGGUUGGGGAGAUUCGACUCUCGCUGUGCGGCGAACCCUGCUUCGAAACAACACCCCCGGAAACCGAGCAAUCGGUGUCCAUUACGACCAAUCCUUUAUGCGAUAUGGAGAGCCAACCGCACUGACGGCGUGGGUUCCCAUGGGGGAUGUGAAGAUCCAGGGCGGUGGACUCAUUUACCUUCAGGGCGGUGACAAGCUUGGUCAGGAAAUCGAGGAGGACUUUUCUGCCAAGGCCAAGGCGGCUGGUAUGAGCGAUGAAGAAAUGCGGUACGCUUUCAAUGCCAACAUGAUGAGCACUGGUUUCUUAGCCGAGGGGCCCGCGGACUUUGGCAGAAUGCACGGCAAGAAGUGGCUGGUGAGCGACUAUCAGGCUGGAGACGUCGUCUUCCACACGCCGCAUAUGAUCCACGCGUCUACCAUCAACCAUGACCCAGAGGGCCGCAUCAGACUCGGCACCGACCUGCGGUUUGUCAACUCGGCGCGGCGUUGGGAUACGCGCUGGAAUAAGGACUUCGAGUUCAACGAUGGGUUGUAA